GAGAAUACAAUGAAACAAACAAACGCACCAUUCGAUGGAAUGACGAAACGUUCCUGGUUCCAGGUCCAAAAUUGAAGGAAGCGUUCCAGGGAGACUGAAAAUCUGCAACUGAGAAAGAUGAACGAACAGCGUCCAAGAAGGAGCACGGAGAUCCUCUCUCUGUUUUCCAAUCUCCCUGAAGAGUUGAUUACACAGAUUCUGCUGAGGUUACCGGUGAGAUCUCUUCUCCGCUUCAAAUCGGUAUGCAAAUCGUGGCUGUCUUUGAUUUCCGAUCCCAAAUUUGGUAAAUCUCACUAUGAUAUAUCUGCUUCACCCACUCACCGAUGUCUUACCAAAGGCAAUGAUUCUGAAAUUGAGUCCAUAGAUGUAGAUGCAUCAUCACUUCACGAUGAUUCUUCUGUAGUUAGCCUCAAAUUUCCGCUUCCACCACCGCCCCGUGAGGGAUAUGUUUUUGGUCCUGACCCCCCUAGUGAUGUUGAGUUCGUGGGUUCAUGUAGAGGGUUUGUUCUUGUAGCUUAUCCACAAGGUGAUGUCAUUGUAUGGAAUCCAUCAACCGGUGUGCAGAGAAGAAUUGUAGAUGACCUUGAUGAGAUGAUUGCUAUGUAUCCAACUGGUUUUGGGUAUGACAAAUCAACAGAUGACUACUUGCUCGUUAUUAUGAACGUGAUUCCUUAAGGCUAUUAUCCAGAGGAUGUACCUGAUCUUCCUACUACCAUUCGCAUUUUUUCCAUGAAAACAAAUUCCUGGUUUAACCAGGAGGGUACUUAUGCUCAAUAUGUGGAUAUGGGUUGUGCUCAUCUCAAAAUUGGGGCCUUCUUGAACGACACACUGCACUGGUUGGUAACCUCUUAUGAAACCAAACUUCAUUUAAUUAUUGCCUUUGAUUUGGUACAAAGGAGUUUUUCAGAGAUUCCUUUGCCACACGUUUUAGCCAGGGAAUUAGAAAAUAAACAUUGGUAUAAUUUGAGGGUCAUGGGAGAAUGGCUCAGCCUAUGUUACCCGGGUAACAUGGAUUCAAUGGCUGAGAUUUGGAUGAUGAAAGACUAUAAAGUGCAGUCAUCUUGGGCCAAAUUAUUUGUUUUUUCUACCUGUAACAUUCCCCGUAAUGUCAUUUAUCCAAUAUGUUUCACCAAACAUGGUGAAUUGUUUUGUUCAUAUGGCUCUGGAAGAUUAAUGAUAGUUGAUGACAAAGGGUGGCAGCUUCUUGAUCAGAGCACUAAAUGGCCCAAACCCCAUAUGAUGUUUCGUGAGAAAAGAGAGCGUAUACUACAUUGUGGUUUGUAUAGAGAGAGUUUACUAUCACUUCCUAAUGAGUAAUGACUUUGUGGAAGCAAGUGAAGAUGGCCAACAAGCAAAUGAAGAUGACCAACAACCUAUUGUAAGAUAAAAUAAAAUAAACAUUUUGCUGUUACAAGCAAGAUUCCUGACUUUUGUAAGAUAUUAUGCUAUUAGCCCGUUACACAUUUUGACUUGAAGUUGUGGUGAUAUUGUUGAUCUUACUCAUCUUUUAACUUACCAAG